CAUGCAAUCCUUCUCUCCUCUCUAUAUAUACCUCUCUCUCUCUCUCCUUCAACACAAACUCUUCAUCCACUUCUAGAGAGAGAAACUAUGAAGACCGACGAGUCAAAGCCCAACACGACGCCGUUCGAUGUGGCUCAAACGCAAACGCAGACCCAGACGCAGUCGCCGUUGCGUCAGAUAAUCGCGGUGGCGUCGAUCGCGACCGGGAUCCAGUUCGGGUGGGCCCUACAGCUCUCCCUCCUGACCCCGUACGUUCAGCUUCUCGGCAUCCCCCACAAAUGGGCCUCACUCAUCUGGCUUUGUGGGCCCAUCUCAGGAAUGAUCGUUCAGCCCAUCGUCGGUUACCACAGCGACCGCUGCGUCUCGCGUUUCGGCCGCCGCCGUCCCUUCAUAGCCGCCGGCGCUGCUCUCGUCGCCACCGCUGUCAUCCUCAUCGGCUAUAACUUCACAAACCGAAAUACAUUGUCUCCUUCCGCGAUCGGGAUCUUUGCGUUCGGGUUCUGGAUCCUCGACGUCGCUAACAACAUGCUCCAGGGACCGUGCCGUGCUCUCCUCGCGGAUCUCUCCGGCGAUAGCGCGAAGAAGAUGCGAACCGCGAACGCCUUCUUCUCCUUCUUCAUGGCUGUCGGAAACGUCCUCGGGUUCGCCGCCGGUUCCUUCACGCGCCUCCACGACGCGUUCCCGUUCGCGUCGACGAAGGCCUGUGACGUCUAUUGCGCGAAUCUGAAGAGCUGCUUCUACUUUUCGAUCAUUCUCUUGUUGACCCUGACAGCGAUCGCUCUCUGGUACGUCGACGAGAAGCAGUGGUCGCCGGAGGUUAACGGAAACGACGAUGGAGAUGGGGGAGAGAUAACGGAGGAGGUGACGGCGUCUAAGGCGGUUAAGUUUCCGUUGAUCGGGGAAUUAUUGGGUGCGGUUAGAGAUUUGAAGAGGCCCAUGCGGAUGCUUUUGGUGGUGACGUGUCUCAAUUGGAUUGCUUGGUUCCCGUUCCUCCUCUUCGACACGGAUUGGAUGGGAAGAGAGGUGUACGGCGGAGACUCCGCCGGAGACGAAUCACAGAGGCGCGUGUAUAACGUGGGAGUACGCGCCGGCGCGUUGGGGCUGAUGCUGAACUCGGUGGUGCUCGGGUUCACGUCACUCGCCGUCGAGUGGAUGGCGCGUGGCGUGGGAGGAGUGAACAGGCUUUGGGGGAUCGUGAAUUUCGUCCUCGCUCUCUGCUUGGGCAUGACGGUGGUAAUCACCAAAGUCGCCGAGUCUGGCCGCCACCUCACCGCCGUGUCCAAAGGCAGAGGUUCGCUGCCGCCGCCGCCGCCGCCAGUGGGUGUCAAAGUUGGCGCGUUGUCUCUCUUCGCUCUCUCUGAUGUUCCUCUUGCUAUAACCUACAGCAUUCCAUUUGCAUUGGCGUCCAUAUUUUCUUCUUCUUCUGGUGCCGGUCAAGGACUUUCUUUGGGAGUUUUAAAUCUUGCAAUUGUUGUGCCACAGAUGGUGGUGUCGGUGGGAGGAGGACCUUUCGACGAGAUGUUCGGAGGAGGGAACCUGCCGGGGUUCGUGGUGGGUGCGGUGGCCGCCGCCGCGAGUGGAGUGUUGGCCCUCACCGUUCUUCCCUCCCCGCCGCCGGAAUCCGCCGCUCAAAAGGCUUCCGCCGCGGUCGCUUUGCAUUAGCUUUUGCAUGCGUACGUCGGGUUUUAAUUAGUACUGUGAAGCCAAUAGUUUCUAACCUUAGGGUUUUUGUUCUUCUUCGUCUUUAAGCUGUUUGUAUCUUCUUUUGUGUCCACUUUGGGGGGAAAAAAGUGUUUGAAAAAAAAAACUGUAUCUUCUUGAUGACAAAUGUAAAAGGUGUCGGAAAGGAGUGCCAUUUUCCUCAUUGAUUGUGAGUUAA